UUUCUUGUCGUCUGGAGAAUUUCGCCCUCAUAUUCCGCUGUUGUAGCAAUCUAUAUAUGGAUAAUUUGACCUCCGCUUUGCACAUUUGUGUUAGGGGUCGUUUUCGACAGCUCAUGUCCUACCGAAGGUGACGCUCAUCUUGAGGUUUGUGUGAUUCGGUGAAAGAAAUAACUGCCAAUCUUACUGACUUGUGUCGUUGAGAACGAAAACCCGGAACUGUACUCCCAAUGAAAGCCAUGAGACGCUACUACGCUCUGUUGACUUCGUCAGUCUUUUUCGUGGCAAUUGUGUCUAUGUACCUUUUACUGGACCAGGCGACGAAUAGCGGGAUACAAGAUCAAUUACAAGAGGGUGACCUCUCAAUGUUGGAAGUAAAACUAAACAAUUUGGAAGAUAGUCUUCGGAAGAAUCGUGAAACGAUCAAUGAAAUCAAAGACACUGUUAAAGCCUUAGUUGAAGGAGAUGAGAUACCAAACAUAAAUAUGAAUCAGGGAGUAGGCAAUGUGCAUAUACCUGGUGGUAUCCGUGAUACUGUGCCAGAUUAUGGAGAUGCACUGAAAUUUAGUGGACCAGUUGCUAACAUAUACAAAGAUGAAUGUACAUUUGGUGACACGUCAAGUGGUAUCUCAGCUGAUGUUAAGAUGCUAGAUGUGUUUGACACAAUAAAAUUUGAUGACCCUAAUGGUGGAGUCUGGAAACAGGGAUUUGACAUUUCAUAUUCUGUUAGUUGGAUCAAGACUUUUGAGUUAUACUUUCGUGAUCAAACUCAACAUAUCUUGGACAAUAUGGUGGUAAAAUUACUAGAAGAUAAAAGAAGAAAGUUUAUAUGGGCAGAAAUCUCUUAUUUUUCACGAUGGUGGGAAGGUGUUGAUAUGAAUAAAAAGAAACAAGUGAUAGAACUUUUAAGUCGAGGCCAGUUAGAAAUAGUGAGUGGUGGAUGGGUCAUGCCAGAUGAAGCCAACACACACUACUUUGCAAUGUUAGACCAGAUGAUAGAAGGACAUACAUGGGUAGAAGCACAUCUUGGUAUAAAACCUACAACUAGCUGGGCCAUAGAUCCAUUCGGACAUUCUCCAACUAUGGCUUAUCUUCUGCAGCGUUCUGGUAUUCAGGGUAUGCUAAUUCAAAGAGUUCAUUAUUCAGUGAAAAAAUACUUGGCAAAAGAAAAACAGUUGGAGUUUCUAUGGAGACAAAAUUGGGACCAUGGUUCAACUACUGAUAUGUUUUGUCACAUGAUGCCAUUCUAUAGUUAUGACGUACCGCAUACAUGUGGUCCAGAUCCACAAGUAUGUUGCCAGUUUGAUUUCAAGCGUCUUCCUGGAGGGAGGGUGACUUGUCCUUGGAAGAUCCCACCAGUUCCUAUUACAGAUCUCAACGUAGCCAGCAAUUAUGACGUACCGCAUACAUGUGGUCCAGAUCCACAAGUAUGUUGCCAGUUUGAUUUCAAGCGUCUUCCUGGAGGGAGGGUGACUUGUCCUUGGAAGAUCCCACCAGUUCCUAUUACAGAUCUCAACGUAGCCAGCAAGGGUUUCUUCCAUGUUUUCCGAGAGAUUGGUAACUAUGGUGACUUUACAAUUGAAAAUGCAUUCCUUACUGCAAAGUUCUCAGGGAAUAAUGGCUUAUUACAGUCUCUUACUACCAAGUCUGAUGGGAAGACUACAUCACUGUCAGUGGAUUUUGUGAUGUAUGGUACUAGGAUGAGUAAAGAUAAAAGUGGAGCAUAUCUAUUCUUACCAGAUGGUCAAGCAAAGAUUCAAAAACGGAAAUAUUUGACCAAAGUUCCCUUGCAAGGUAAUGUUUACCCAAUGCCACUGAUGGCAUAUCUAGAAGAUGAUACAUCAAGACUUACAUUACACACAGCACAGCCUUUAGGAGUAGCUUCUCUAGAAAAAG